AUGCGUUCGUCAAUUCAAUUUGCUCUUCUUCUCGUUGGCAUUGUUUCGGUACAAAGCAAACCUCUUUCGAAUGGAGCCAAUAAUUUCAAUCCACUGUUUAAUCAAUUAUCAUCACAAAACAAUAUGGCUAAUCAACUGAACAGUCUUGCAAGUCAAAUUGCUAAUGAUAUUUCUCCAGAACUAUUCCAAACUAUUGCACAGCAAAUUGAUCAACUCAAUCAAAAUGUAGUUAAUGGUCAGUUCAAUGCGAACGCAGUUCUAAGUGACGUGUUAUCGCAACUACAAGAAUAUCUUCAUUCGAACAAUGCACUAUACAACACUGUUGCUAAUCAACUUCAACAACUCGUAAAUCAAGGUGGUGCUCCUUCAGCUCGUUCGAGCUUUAGCUUUGCAUCUGCAUCUAGUAACAACAAUGGUGUCGUUCAAAAUGUUUCCAGCAACGAACCCAAUGCUCAUGUGAGUGUCGGUGAACCAGUUGAAAAUAUUGAAGAAUUCUUCAACCAUGGUCGUCCUGCUGCACCUCGCUCAAGUUUUAGUUUCGCAUCUGCCUCUAGUAAUAGCAAUGGUGUCGUUCAAAAUGUUUCCAGCAACGAACCCAAUGCUCAUGUGAGUGUCGGUGAACCAGUUGAAAAUAUUGAAGAAUUCUUCAAUCAACAACAAUUGGUCUAUGGUGGCAGACGAUAUUGA